AUGAACGGUGUCCUCGGAAUGGACUACUUUGUCAACAUGAUGACUGGUCUUCCCAUUCCGGGUCCCAACGCUACCGCCGCCGAGAUUACUGCGUUUGCCAUUCCUGCCUGGAAGAAGUCUUUGAUUACCUCUAUUCUUUCCGCUGGUACCUUUUUCGGAGCCAUCAUCGCUGGUGACUUGGCCGAAUUCUUCGGUCGACGUAUCACCAUUGUUGCCGGUUGUGGUGUCUUCAUUGUCGGCUGUAUCCUCCAGACUGCCAGUACUGCCCUUGGCCUCCUCGUUGCGGGACGUCUGAUCUCCGGUUUCGGUGUCGGAUUCAUUUCCGCCAUCAUCAUCCUUUACAUGUCGGAAAUCGCCCCCCGAAAGGUCCGAGGCGCCAUCGUUUCCGGUUAUCAAUUCUGUAUCACCAUCGGUCUUCUCCUCGCAAGUUGCGUGUGCUACGCUACCGAGAACCGUACCGACAGUGGCUCUUACCGAAUCCCCAUCGCUCUUCAGUUUGCUUGGGCUCUCAUCUUGGGUACAGGUCUCUUGCUUUUGCCCGAGUCCCCUCGAUGGUACGUCAAAAAGGGCAGGGUUGAGGAGGCUACCAAGGCCCUUGCCCGUGUCCGAGGCCAGCCGGUCGAGUCCGACUACAUCAAGGAUGAGAUCAGCGAGAUUGUCGCCAACCACGAGUACGAGUCUGAGCUUAUCCCUAACCAAACCUACUUGGGCUCUUGGGCUGCUUGUUUCACUGGUGGUAUCAAGAACCCCCAGUCUAACCUUCGUCGAACUAUCCUCGGUAUUACUCUCCAAAUGAUGCAGCAAUGGACUGGUGUCAACUUCAUCUUCUACUUCGGUACUACUUUCUUUACCGACCUUGGCACCAUUUCCAACCCCUUCCUCAUCUCCCUCAUCACCACCCUCGUCAACGUCUGCUCUACCCCCAUCUCCUUCUGGACCAUCGAGCGAUUCGGUCGACGACCUCUCCUCAUCUGGGGUGCCCUCGGUAUGUUGAUCUGCGAGUUCAUCGUAGGUAUCAUCGGUGUGGCCAAGCCCGGAGACUCUACCGUCGUCAAGGCUCAGAUCUCCUUCAUCUGUCUUUACAUCUCCCUCUUCGCUUCUACUUGGGGACCUGGUGCUUGGGUCUGCAUCGGUGAGAUCUUCCCCAUUCCCAUCCGAUCUCGUGGUGUUGGUCUUUCCACUGCCUCCAACUGGUUCUGGAACUGUAUCAUCGCCGUUAUUACCCCUUACAUGGUCGGUACCGACCAAGGCAACCUCGGCUCAAAGGUCUUCUUCAUCUGGGGCUCUACCUGUGUCAUCUGCUUCGCCUACGCCUACUUCUUCGUCUGGGAGACCAAGGGUCUUACCCUCGAGCAGGUCGACAGGAUGAUGGAGGAGUGCGGCUCUCCCCGACACUCUCCUGGGUGGAAGCCUAACACCACCUUCACUGCUGAGGUUCUCGGCCGAGACCAGGGUACUGAGAAGGUCAGCAGUGAUGAGCAGCACGAGGAAGCUCCGGCCCAUGUCGUUUAG